UUCAUAGCAUGAGAAAGCACAAUGUAUAUCCAGUCUCCUGAGUUGUUCAUCCCUCUGCUUUUGUCAUGAUCAAACAGUUGACUGAAAAAGUGCAAACCAGUUUGCGUUCUGGAGUGGCCAUCACUUCUCUGGGGCAGUGUGUUGAAGAGCUUGUCUUCAACAGCAUAGAUGCCAAAGCAACAUGUGUGGCCAUUAGAUUGGAUUUGGAAACCUUUAAAAUCCAGGUUGUAGAUAAUGGCUCUGGGAUGGGAAGAGAAGACCUCUGCAAAGCAGGAAACAGAUACUUUACAAGUAAAUGCUACUCUGUGGAAGACCUAGAAAAUUUAACAUUUUAUGGCUUCCGUGGAGAGGCUUUGGCAAGCAUUGCAAAUAUGGCCAGCAUAGUAGAAAUCUCAUCCAAGACAAAUAAAAUUGCAAAAACUUUUUUGAAAUUAUUUCAUAAUGGGAAAGGACUGGAAGUUUCUGAAGCAGAGUUGAAUAGACCAAGUCCUGGAACAACAGUGACUGUGUACAACUUAUUCCACCAAUUACCUGUGCGGAGGAAAUGCAUGGAUUCCUUACUGGAAUUUGAGAGAGUAAGGCAUAAAGUAGAGGCUCUUUCACUUAUGCAUCCCUCUGUCUCUUUUUCAUUAAGAAAUUAUGCUUCCUGUUCUAUGGCACUUCAGCUGCCCAAGACAAAAGAUGUGUGCUCUCGGUUUUCUCAAAUUUAUGGUCUAGGUAAAUCACAGAAAUUGCGAGGAAUAUAUUAUAAGUCUGGAGGAUUUGAGAUAAGUGGCUAUAUCAGUUCUGAAGGGCAUUACAAUAAAAAUAUUCAGUUUUUGUAUGUGAAUAAUAGACUGGUAUUAAAAACAAGACUGCAUAAGCUAAUUGAUUUUUUAUUAAGAAAACAAAGUGUUAUAUGUAAAACAAAAAGUGUACCUGUCACUUCAAGUCCUGCUCAUCAUCGUUCUGGUCCAGAGCUGUAUGGAAUCUUUGUUCUGAAUAUAAAGUGCCAGCAUGAUGAAUAUGAUGUGUGUUUGGAACCUGCAAAAACUCUAAUAGAGUUUCGCAGUUGGGAUGCUCUUCUACUUUUCAUUGAAGAGGGAGUGAAAGCUUUCUUAAAACGAGAACAUCUGUUUAUUGAGCCAUGUGGUGAAGAUGUUAAAGAAUUUAAUGAAAACAAUGGCUUUUGUUUGGGUUCUGCUAUGGCUUUACAUCCUUCUUUUCCUGAGGAGAAAUACACGCAGGAGAAUUUCAAGAAAGCUUGUGAUAAUAUUGUGGAUUCUUAUGAAAUGUUUAAUCUGCAGUCAAAGUCUGUUAGAAGGAAAAUAUCUCUUGAAAAGGAGACAUCAGAUCACAGAGGACCCACUAACAAUAUGAAAGAAACAGGUGCUUUCCCAGAUUUGGCUAUCAGUGAGCCAGUACAUGAAAGCAGCAGUAAAGUGGCAAAUCCUCUGCCCAGCAAAAAUGGCACCACUCUUGAUCUUCCAAAAUUGAGUCACCUGCACAAAGAGCCAAAUGUAUGUGUUGAUCCACAGACUGAGGUCAUAAAUUCCAAGUGUGGGCAGAACUUGUCAGAUGCUGUAGAAAUAGACAGUAAUAGUAGGAUGGUGCUUUGUUCUGAGAAGUCUGGCAAAAACACAAACAACCUGCAUGAUCCAGCCUUUCAGGAAACUAGCCCCAGCUCUGCAGCUGUUGGACACUUUGUUAACAUGAGAGAUAUUAACGUAUGCAAACAUCAGUUUCCCUUUAAAUGUGCUUUGGUGGGAAAAUACAGGAUGGCAGAAGAGGAAAGAGAGCCUCCUAUGGGGUUAAAUUCUCAUGGGUUAAAUUCCCAUGAAGCAGCAGCAAUGGAACAAGAAUCUUUAAAGUUAUGUUCUACAGGCCUUAUAGUGCACCUGAUGCAAAGUCAGCCACCAGAUAAAACAGUGGACAUUAACCACUCAUCUAACAUACUGCCUGUACUAGGUCCAGUGAGUGCCAGGGAUGUAUUUGACAAAAAACUCACAUUUCCAAGUCCUAAAGAAUGUUUUAGGAUAACUAAAGGAGGUAUGUACACAGAAAAUGGCUAUGAAAGCAAGGCAAUUGAGCAUAUGUCAGACCAAAAGAAUUUGAUGGAUUUAUUUCCUGAAGUUGGCAGUGGUGACUUUGCGACACAUUCUGUCAAAGAACUGAGUUCCAUUACUCCAUCCAGUUCUGUUCAUAAUGUGGAUGGUGCAACCUCAAGAAAGCAAAUGCCUGAGAAUUUAACUAGAUUUGGGCACUGUGCCAUUGCAAAACUAAGCUUGCAUCCAAAAUUAGGUUCAUUAGAUAGAUUCAGGCGACAUUAUGGGAACAUAAAGAAUACACAGUCAGAAAAGGCAGAUGAGUUUGCAGCCCCAGGCUGCGUUGGGUCUCUCAUUGAUAAAAAUAAAAAUAUUGAACACUCAGGUAUUUGUGACAUCCCAGCUAAAGAGCAUGUUGGAUGUAAUAAUAAAGACCACAAUUGCCAUCUUCCCAUGGAAAAGUCUCAGUUCUGCUCUGAAGAAAGCAGAAAAACAUAUGUAAGAGAGAGCCCUCUGACCCUGACAGAUUACUCUCAAAGCAGAACAAAAGCUCCAAGAAGCUCUGGAUUCACAGGAACACUUGCCUCCAAAGUGUCAAAAAUGAAGGGAAGCCUUAAAGAAACUAUACAUUUAGAACCCAGAGGGCAACCUUUUGAACAAACCCAAUUGUAUUCAAGCCCCCCAAAUGAAGGCAGCUGUGGUCUCACAUCUGAAAAUAACCUUUUGCAAAGUAACUAUUCUAUAUCUCAAUUAUCCACAAGAGAAGUAGGGACAAAGAGCCAGAGUUUUGCUCCAUGCUUUCCUGUGCAAAGUAAUCCUAUGGAGAUCUCUAACACAAGAGCAGUGGAUAUGGAAAGUACUGUCAGCCUUUGUUUCAUUGACACCGAUGGAGACUAUGUAGUUUCCCAAAAGAGAAAACUGGCAUCGACCAAUGAAGAGGUAUGUCCUGAAGACACCUGUGAAGAUACAAGUGUUAUGGAUGAAUCUUCACUGCAAAAUGUGAACACCUGUGAUCGUAUAGUGGUCCUCUCAAGUAGCAGUGAAGGUGCUGUAGAUGAUGCAAAUCCAUCUGAGAAUGUGGAGUUACAGAGUCAUCUUUCUGAGUGGUUUGAUCAGUUCGAUACAUCCUUGGGUAGGACAGUAUACGUCAACAGAAUGACUGGACUGAGCACCUACAGCGCUCCUCCUAGUGAGGAACCUAAAGCUGUAUGUACUAAAGAUAUAAGUACAAUGGCUGUAAAUGUCAUGGAGAAUGGGUUCCAGUACACAUGUCAUCCUUUUAGAAGUGAGUUUAUUGUUCCUUUCCUUCCGAGACCUCAGAAAGAGAGGCAUUUGCAGAGCCAAGACUUCAGAGAUGCACAAGGAGAAUCUCUCCAGUCUGUGUUUUCAGAGUGGGACAAUCCUGUGUUUGCUCACUGCCCAGAGGUUGCUCUUGAUGUGAGCAGUGGGCAGGCUGAUAACCUUGCUGUGAAAAUCCAUAAUAUCUUGUAUCCUUACCGGUUCACCAAGGACAUGAUUGAGUCAAUGCAGGUCCUUAAUCAAGUGGACAAUAAAUUUAUUGCUUGUUUAAUCAACACUAGGCCAGGUGAAAACAAGGAGAUGGAUGGAAAACUACUUGUGCUGGUGGAUCAACAUGCCAUCCAUGAGCGCAUCCGUCUUGAGCAGCUUAUCACAGAUUCCUAUGAGAAGCAAUCUGAAGCACCAGGUAAGAAGAAGUUGCUGACUUCCACUGUGUGCCCACCACUGGAGAUUGAGAUAACAGAGGAGCAGCGAAGGCUCUUAUGGUUCUGCCACAAAAGUCUAGAGGAAUGGGGCCUUGAAGUAUCCUUUCCAGAGAAUAGUCCCUUGCAGAUUCUGGUAGGAAAAGUGCCACUGUGUUUUGUAGAGAGAGAAGCCAAUGAAUUGCGCCGUGGAAGACAGACUGUGGCUAAGAGCAUUGUGCAGGAGUUCAUUCGAGAACAAGUUGAGUUACUACAGACCACAGGAGGAGCACGAGGAACACUACCUCUAACAAUUCAGAAGGUUUUGGCUUCCCAGGCUUGCCAUGGUGCUAUUAAGUUUAAUGACACAUUGACUUUUGAGGAGAGCUGCCAGCUAAUGAAAACUCUGUCCUGUUGUCAGUUGCCCUUCCAGUGUGCUCACGGGAGACCCUCCAUGCUACCUCUUGCAGACACAGCUCACUUGCAGCAGGAAAGUCAGCCUAAACCUAAUCUGGCUAAACUAAGAAGAAUGGCUAAAGCCUGGCAGCGCUUUAGGAAAGAAAAGGAUCUCACUGGGAAAACAUAAGUCCUGUCUCAGUGCUGCUUUAGUUCCAAGCAUCUCUUCUCUAGCAGCGCUUCCUCUGGAACACAAACUGGUGGGGCCCAGCUUGCAGCCUUGAAAGCACAGCAGCAGAAAGGACUUCAGCAAUUCUGAUAGAAGAAGCAGCCCAAAUGCCCUUAUUGGAGGCAAAAACUAAAUUCUUUUUUCCUGGGGAACAAGGAAGGUCUCCAUCUUGCACUAAAACUGUGUAAGUAAAAGCUUUGGAAUGACUUUUAAUCAUUUACUCUGAGGAAGCAGCAGCUGUCAUAAAAGGGGACCACAUACUUGGCCACAAUUUUGAUUGCAGCUGUUGCACAGACCAAGCAAUAUUACAGCCUAUUCUAGUGUUCUGAUAUCACUUGCAGCAUGAGUUGUACUCAAAUCGGAAAACAUAGAAUGCAGGCUAAAGCUUCUGUGUGAAUUGUCAUGAAUCAAAAAGGGCUUAUUAUCACAACAGUUUGCUCUGCACGUUGAGAUAAUCUGUGUUGCCAUUUCUGAAGGUAUAAAAUACCCUCCCUAAGUGAAACAAAAACCUCUGUUUAUAGGUCCUGCUGGUGUUGCUGUUUCAAAAAGUAUAAAGUGGAUAACUCAGAGCAGCCUCUCACUAGGGCAUUUAACAGACUGAAGGUAGCUUUAACUUCCAGUAAUUCCUUCUACAGUUAGACUGUUACUGAGUUGUAUCUGCUGUUGAAUGCUAUACAGUGAUGUUUUCCCAGAAUAUCUGCAGGGAAAUAAAUGAUCUUCUGUGGUUUAAUAAAGUUAAACAAACACA